AUUUACGGGUUCCGGACUUUCUUCGCCAGAGACGGCGACCACAGCCGCCGAUUUACCUGCACUCCGAAAGGAGGGACGGACAUCCAGCAGGCGGCCAGCAUCCGAGGCUGGACAGGAGAAGGUUUUCCCAAAAACCUUUUUCUGGAGCGCACAGCUGAGAUGAAAGUCCAGUGACACACCUGAGAGCUUUCUGAUCUUCCGCUCCACCGCUGUCUCUGUACACCUCUGGGAGACAGGACGACCUCGACAGAGACACCCAGCAACACUCCGCUAACAACUUGACACCUGAAGGAAUUUCCUCGCGGCUCACCGCAGCGACAGAUCACGAUGUACCGAUCAACGAAGGGAGCGUCCAAGGCUCGACGGGACCAGAUCAACGCCGAGAUCCGGAACCUGAAGGACUUGUUGCCCAUCUCCGAGGCAGAUAAAGCCAGGCUGUCAUACCUGCACAUCAUGUCACUCGCUUGCAUGUACACCAGGAAAUCCGUCUUCUUCACUCAAGAAGCAGGAGCUGCUGCUAGUCUUGAGGAGAGCGCAAGUUUUCUGUCUUUUCACGAGCUGUCGGAGCUGAUGCAGUCGCUGCCAGGCUUCCUGAUGCUGCUCACGGGAGAAGGGAAGCUCCUCUACCUGUCAGACAGUGUCUCUGAGCACCUCGGACACUCCAUGGUGGAUCUCGUGUCACAAGGCGACAGUGUUUAUGAUAUCAUCGACAAUGCAGACCACUUCAUCAUGAGGACCAACCUGUCAGCCUCUACAUCACUUGAUAUGGAUCGUCUCUUCCGCUGUCGUUUUAACACCUCCAAGUCCGUGCGCAGGCAGAGUGCUGGGAACAAACUGGUUCUGAUCCGAGCUCGCUGCCUCUCCGCUCCUUCCACGACCCCCACCAUCGGGUCGUACUGGACCUCCAACCCCGUGUGGGUGUGUUUCUGCUCGCCCCUGGAGCCCCAGUCUACCCGCUCCAGCUCCGGGGCAGAGAGGGAGUCAGCAUCCAGCCCUCCCCUGGCUGAAACCAACUUGUUCCUGGCUUAUUUCCACUCUCAGCAUGACCGCGACCUGAGACUGCAGACCGCUCAGAACAGUGUGAGCGCUUAUCUGGGGUUUGAUGUGACAGCUCUGUGCUCCCGCUCCUGGUACAGCCUCCUCCACCCACAGGAUCUGUCACAUGCCUCCGCUCAGCACCGUAGCCUCUUGAGAGAAGGAGGAGAAGGCAGAGCUGAAAUGGUGGUCCGUGUGCAGGCUCAGGAUCUGUCCUGGGUUUGGCUCUACAUGGUGCUCCAGCUGCAGCCUGGAGACAUUCCCAUCAGUAGCAACAACUACAUCAUCAGUGACUCUGAGGCGUGGUCAGUGCGACAGCAGCUCAGUUCAGAGCAGACCCAGCUAACCCUGGUUCUGAGUGCUGGUUCCUCUCAGCAGGAGAACCUGAGUCUGCAGUCUCCAGAGACCCUGUCCAGCCCAGACCAGGUGUUCACACCUGGCAGCAGUGGCCUGUCUGCCCAGUCCUUCGACUUCAGCACUGCUGGCUGCAGCGUCGGCUCCUCCGAUGAACCUGGGAGCUCCGUUACUGAAGCCAUGCAGCUGGAGGGUGACCCUCGCUCAAGCAUCUCCUCUUUGGAGGAGGAGAGCUACUUCCAGCAACCUCCUGCAAAAACUCCCUCAGCGGCCUCCUCCCCCACUCCAGUCACUGUUGAAACAGUAGCAGACUUAGACUUUUUAACACAGAACAUUCUCCUGCCACCCUCCUUCCAGCUUGAACCCCCACUGCCAGCACUCCCCCUGCCUCUCCCCCCUGUUCCCACCUCACAAGCUCAGCAGUCCAAAGAGUUUGUGUGCACUCCCCCCUACACCCCCCAGGUUGUUGGGGCCAACUUCCCAUUCAACGAACCCCUCUUCAGCUUUGACCCAACUGGAACGACCACACCUCCACUCUCUGCAACAACAGCCACUGCCACCACCUCCUUGGCUCCAUCAGAAUCAUCCACCGCCCCACCCACCACAGCCCCCAGCCCCUCUCCUCCCACCAUCCUCUCUGCCAAACUCCCUCUCACUCUCCCUACCCCAUCGACUGACCUCCUCUUUUCCAUCGAGCCUUGCAGUGGUUCCCUUUACGAGAAACUCCCUCCCACACCCGACAGCCCCGGAGAUGGCGACUGUACAGUGAUGACCCUGCCUGAGGUACGGGGUCCGCUGUAUGUAGAUGUACCACUGGGACCCCUCCAAUGUCCCCCCGAGGGCCUCCUCACCCCUGAGGCAUCACCUGGUAAACAUCUCUGUCUCUCAUUCUUUUCCCUUGAUAGGGAAAAGGAAAGAGCAGAAAUAUCCCACCUAGCUCAACACAUCAGCUCACUGGCUGAGGGAUUCUACCUGGAUCCACUCUUGUCCAAACUCUCCCCCUCCUCCUCUCCACCCUCCCCCUUCCUGUCUCCAGUUGUGGAACCUGCUGAUUCAGUUCACAUUCUGAGGGAGUUUUAUCCCAUCAAAGCAUGGAGGGGGCUGGACAUCCCCAUCUUCCUUGAUGACGACGAAUCUCUGUUUGAAGAGAGCAUCCUAGAAACCCUUCUGCAAGACGACUUUGCUCCUCCCCAAACGUCCAGUCUCUCCUCCCCAUCCCCUCUGACCUCCCCUGUGCCUGAUCCCUGCAGCCCAUCCUCUCCUCAAACCCCAGUAUGCUGGCACCAACCCUCCCAGUUUGAGGGAGUGGGCCACAUCUGUAGCGUCCAAUCGGCGCAAUGUAACUCGAUGGCUGAGUGCGGGGCGACUGUGGCAGCUGAGGCCGGGAUGACGGUGGAAGGGGAAGGGCUAAUGGAGGAAGCAAUGGAGAUCGAGAUGGUGUCAUCUCCUGUGUCCUCCUACUCCUCCAUCCCAACUUCCCCUCCCCUUGUCCUCACUGCCUCCCUGAGUCCUCCCAUCUCCUCGCCCGUCGCCUCGCCCACGCCCGCCGUGUCUUGCACUCAGUCCCUCCUGGAGGAACUGGCCGUCCUGGAACCCAUGUUUGGGGCAGGUGCCUCGAUCGCCCCUGGCUUAGGGCAACAACCUGAGUUGUAUCAACUCCAAUGUCAUCCAUCGCCACAGUGCUUCCACAAUGAUGGGAGUGGAAGUGUUCCUCCGUUCUAAAAUAAGUCUGUGACUUACUUCAUUAAGUAUGGCAUAUUGUCAUAUUUUGUGGAGACCCUUUUACUGAAAAGUAAAAAAUAAUUAAGUGUAUAAAUAUACAUAAUGUAUAUACAACUUAAGGACUUCAACUCCUACAUGUCUGCUGAGAACAAAGAUUGGCUCUAUAUUUUUGCUCAUCUGUGUGAUUCUACAGAACCGGUGCCACAUUUCCACAACGGUGCAACUGCAUGGACCCACAACUGCCUUGGUUCUGUGUCCAUGCGGCGUCCUCUUUAACCUCUCUGUUCCAUGAGCUUGUGAUCAGACAGAGACGAUCAAACCUCCAGAUAAGUAUGUGUAUUCACUCGUAGUGAAAUUUCUGUCGUGAACAAAAACGUUUCUUGCUAUUUCAGUAGUGAGAUGGAAUAAAGCACUUUUUGCCUGACAUGCAGCAACGCAAACCCAAACCUCUAAUGUAUUGAAGUCCAUUGCAUACAAUUGUUUACAGUUUUAGUGCGAUCACAAUCAGAAUAAUGUAACGGAGAAACAGAAUCCAACUAGACCCGAGAUACUUUGAGUUUUGAGUUUGCGACUUCAAACCUUUAAGAGCUCAUACUUAUCUCCAUCUAGACUCUUGUGUAUCAAUGUGAUGUGCAAAAAAAAAAAAGAAGAAGAAAACGCGUGACGAGGUCCUGAAAGUGUCAACUCAGAAAAUAUCUGGAAGUUUGCCAGGACUUUGAUCACGCCACAAACCCACUGCUACGCUGUACAUUAAGACUCUGAAUGUGGGCCUAUCAAGCCCCCCUCCACACACACACACACACACACACACACACACACACACACACACACACACACACACACACACACACACACACACACACUUUUUGGCUGGAGGGCAGUGGGCUGGAUAUUCUUGCAGCAUCAAUAUUUGCAAUGCUGGCAGCUUAUAGCGGCUUGUGUGCGCCUGAAACGGCCCUGACCUGCUGAACUCUGAACUCUAUGUCAUGUCCAUUCGACAUGGACGGUUACAUCGUUGCUCCGCUGGAGCGCGGUGUAGUGAGGCACAACUGACUGUGUGAAUGAGCAAUUCUUCUUUUUUGAGAGGGGUUAAAAUACAAAGGUUUUGUUUUAAAAAAAUGAAAACAGGGAUGGGGUGCUAUUUCUAUUCCAAACGACACGGGUUGAGAAUGGUACAAUUCCCAUGGUGUCGACGUGCUCACGUAGAGUUGUCUACGGUCAAGUAAAGGAUUGAUUCCUACGUUCUAGCUAUUAAAGGCUAAGUUAUAAUAUACAUGUGUAAAAAUGAUAUAUUAUUGUAUGUGUGAUGAUGUUAUUCAUAUGCAUUAUGUCCCAGGAUGUAGGCAUAUGAUCUUUUCUGAAAGGUUGUACACAUUUGUACAUUUGUAUGAAACAGCUACUGACCUGUAGAUACGACAGAGAGAUUUUUAUUGUAUACGAUGGAAAAUAUUCCAAACAUCCUGUUUCCUGGAGAACGGACAUUGUGAACCAGUGUUCUAUUGUGAUGCUUAUAAGUGUAUUUGGUUGUCAUACAAAUGCAUUUAUAAUAAAGUGCACUUAAUGCGGAUGAUG